AGCCUUCGCUCGAGUUUGCCGGUCUGUGUAAACUAAGACCUGCUGGACGAGUUGCACUCUAAAACGCAUCAGUGCAAACAUACAUGAUGUGUGGCAUGACUCAGGAAGUGGUGAUGAAACAACAAAAGCAGAACCGUGUCUGGCACGGCACAGACAGUCAGAAAGAAACAAAGAAAAUUCUUCUGAGACAGUCAUGGGGGACAACCUAACGGAUAACUGCUCCACCCAGCACGUGGACCAGCUGAUGACCGUUUUGGAGAUGGUCAUCUACGUUCCCAUCUUUGUGACAGGGCUGUGCCUCAACAUCGUGGCUCUGCUCGUUUUCUGCGUGUGUCUAAAGAAAUGGACCGAGUGCACCAUCUACAUGACCAACCUGGCCCUCAUGGACCUCCUCCUCCUUCUCCCUUUGCCCUCCAAAAUGCACGCUGCCAAUUACAGGUGGUCUGGUGAUCUUCAGCCACUCUGCUCCUUUUUGGAAAACCUUUAUUUUGUUGGUAUUUAUGGCAGCAUCUACAUGAUUAUGUGCAUAGCCGUGGACAGAUGGGUGGCGAUCUGUCACCCCUUCCAAGCCAAGCAGCUGCGCUCCCCUAAAGCGGCUCUGAUGACCUGUGUGGGGGUCUGGAUCCUAGUGAUUUCUGCAACCUUUCCAGUCAUCUACGGCUUCAGGGAAAGCAGCCAGGUAGAAUUCCACUGCUUCCACAGGUUCUCAGACGCAGGCUGGAGCCCAGCGGUGAUCAGCAGUCUGCUUGCGUUUGGCUUCCUGGGGCCUGCGCUGGUGGUGGUCCUCUGCUCGGUUCACACCAUCAGGACCCUUAAGCAGUCGGGUCAGCGGAGCGCACAGAGCCAGGCAUGUGUGAAGAUCAUCUACAGCAGCCUGAGCGCCUUCCUGAUCCCGUUCACCCCGAGCCACCUGGGCAUCCUGCUGCAGUUCCUGGUGCAUCAACAAGUGAUUCAGGACUGCGCCGCCAAGGCCAACAUCAGCCUCUUCAUCCAGGUCACCAUGUGUCUUUCCAACAUCACCUGCUGUCUGGACGCUCUGUGCUACUACUUCAUCGCUCGUGAGGUGAGGAGCACCAAACACACCUUCAGGAGGUCCUUCAGCGGCCAGAGAAGAGCCACCUUCAGCACCUCGGAGGUCUGAACUCUCAAUAAGGAUCUUAGACAUUCAGAGAAAGGCUCGUUUUCAUUCAUUUUUUUUUAGCUUUGUUUUAAACUAACAAAGAGCAAUCAGCUCACCAGGAAGUGUUGCGUGCACUCAGAGUAGAGGGAAAGAAGCAGGUCAUCACAGCACUGAGCUAAAGGUGUGAUGCGGAGGUUUGGUCCUGCAGCAGGAAACCAGCAGGCACCAUUUUAACCUCAAAAAGCUUUGAUAACCAAAACCCAAAGGGGAAAUUCCACUAUCCAGAGCUUUAUUGUGAAGUUUUUGUAGCUUAAUUUGAAAAAGAAAACACACUUUCAGCUCUCUGACUCCUGAUGAGAAACUGACUUGUGGUGUUACUCGUUUUAAAUCUGGCACAGGCGGUUCGCUGCACAGCUUUAUUGUUUAACUUCCCAACUGACAUCAAACAGAUUCAAAAAGGAGCCUAAAUAAUCCUGAUGGCCUCAUAAAAACAGUCUAAAAAUUAAAAUAGAUGGAUCUUAAGUAGUUUUAUAUUGUAAAAUAAAACAUUAAAAAUCUUAUUUCAAUUAAAAAACAUCCAGUUUAAUCUUCCAGGAGAUAACCAAUCAUUCAAAUAGUUAUAGAAUUGUGCUUUUCAUUAUGCAGAAAGGCAUAAAUAAUAAAAUCUUUACUAUUUAACUAUAGUGUGAUAUUAAUAAAUGCAAUGAAGCACAAAUACUCAGAUAAGCAUCAGAACAGUGGAUUUAUUUAUAAAAUGCAUUAUAAACAGAUUUUUAACCUAAACUGAUCAUUUGAAAUGUGGCUGAUUUUUAAAACAGAUAAAUAAAUGAUUGUUUCCUGUUGAUACAUACAGUAACAUAUUUUACAUUCAUUUAUUAUUUUAUUAUUAUUGCAAACUUCAACAUAUGGAGAAUUUUGCUUAUUUUUUUAUGAAAAAGCCAAAUAGGAAAAAAUGUAGGAGUUUCAUGAAAGUAAGUUUUAUUUGUACUUUAAUCAACAAAAUUGUUGAUGUUUGUGAUGAAUGUAAAUGCUAUUUAUUUAGUUUUAAAUGUGUAUGUAUAUUUUUGAACUGUGUAAAAUUGUUUUUAAUGUCUAGUUUACAGAAAACAUUUGGUUUAAAUGAGAGCAAAUCUUUAGUUUUUUGUUAAUCAAGCUGCCGUCAGCUAAUUCUAACAGAUCGUUAUUAUUGAUUGUGCAGUUUACUUCAGGUUGUUUGUGCUCCUUUAUUUAUUUAUUUUUUAGCAAAAACUUCAAUUUGAUAUUUUUUAGUAAAAUAAGGAUUCGGCAGCUCUGUUUGUGAGUAAAAAGUAAUUUAAUUUUAUGUUUAUCAGGCAAUACCUGCAAAACUGUCAAAUGUGAGUUGUUGUAAAUGUAUAUUUUAUUUGUGCACAUUU